AUGCACCUUUCUUUCCUAAUUAUAAUUAUAACAGAAACUGCCGCUCAGUUGAAAGCUAUGAAACAAGUCUGCGGUAGUUCAAAACUGGAAUUGGCACAAUAUCGCGAAGUGGCCGCCCUUGCUCAAUUUGGGUCAGAUCUAGAUGCUGAUACUCAGGCAUUACUCAAUAGAGGUGCAAGGCUUACAGAAGUCUCGAACCCUUUGUCUUCUUUGUUUAACGAAAGUACUAGCUCCCCUUUUUCUGAUAUAGGAUUGGACUUGCAAAGCUUCAACCUUCGAUCAGUGGAAAUCGACCCAACGAACAAAGCGAAGUUCAGUCAUAGAGUCAAGUCUCACAAGCCCUCCUCUCCCUUUGGUCGAGUAUCCAUUCUGGGUGUCGGCGUUUCUCUGAUAGUUGUAAUCUUGUCGGGAUCCAUUUCUAUGCGUGUUUUAGAAGCGGACUUCAGAGUCAGCAUGGGCUCCAGGCUAGAGAAAAUCAGCUGCUAUGCUAGCUCAAAGGACUGA